AACACAAAACCUCAAGCUUUUCACUCCAAUUUGUGUGGGAUCUGCUGUGUUUUCUCUCUCAUGGCUUCAAGGAGGGUUGGAAGUAAAAGGAAACAAGUGGGUAGUUCUAGCACCGGUGGUCAAGCUCAAGAAGAAGGUAACAUCUCCCAAUCAAAUCUCUUUUUGGAUACCCAAGCUUUUGCAAAGGUGAAUCUUGGAAGAUUCAUUUUCCAUAGCUUAAUCAAGAAUUACUCCUUUGAUAUGGGUCUUCCACAUGGUGCAUUGAUUACUAGGCUAGUAAAAAGGAACAACAUUGAUUUUGAAUCUGUUAAGCAUAGGAAAAUUAAAGCUGGGACCACUCUCACUAAAGCAUCCUUUGAAAAAAUGCAAGUUGUGUUUCGGAAUGGUAGUUGGACGAAGAAAGGGGAUCAAGCAAUGGAACAGCAAGAUGAUGAAGAAGAAGGUGAUAAGAUCCAGAAAUGGCAGAACAAGGGGAAGAAGAACAUGAAGGUGACAGCCCAAGACCUUUUCAAGCUUCCAUGCAAAGGACAAACCCCGAAACCAUGGAGCUAAUGAUAUCUGAGAUGCGGCAGUUGCACAUCGACUUUUAUAGUUUCCGAACAGAAAUGAGAGGAAGAAUGAAUAACAUGGAAGGAA